AUGGCGGAAACGGAAACGCGGGGUAUACGUACGAUUAAGAGCAGUGGGAAAACUUUGAAUCUUACCGAAGAAGAAGACGAUGAGAUUAUUUUACAGGAUCCCUUAGAUGUGGAAGCAAAGGUUCGCACCUUAUACUGUCUAUCUGGGAAACUUCUCACAACCAAAACGAUUAACGUGGAGGCUAUGAGGAGAACUUUCAAUUCUAUCUGGAAACUCAAUAAGGGUUUCGGUCUCAAACAAUGGCCAAACAACAUAUUUGUGUUCCAAUUUUACUCAACUCGCGACAAGGAUAGAGUUAUUAUGGGUAGUCCAUGGACCUUCGAUAACAAUUUAUUGGUACUUAAGGAUGUUGAUGGGAUAUUAAACUCUAGUUUAAUAUCCGAUGUUGAUGUCACAGCUUCUCCAGCAGAUAUGAUUUUCAACAUAGUUCCGUUCUGGAUCCGUAUUCUUAAUGUCCCAAUUGGUAGAAUGACAAAAGGUAUGGCUAAUAUCCUGGGGCAGAAAUUAGGUCCUAUUAUAGACAUUGAUGAGGAGAGGUUGGGAGGUUGGAGCAGAUUCAUGCGCAUUAGAAUAGAAAUAAACAUCAAUAAUCCCUUGAAACGGGGAAUUAUGAUAAGAGAUGUGAUAGCUAAAAAUGCAACUCCUGCAAGUAUACAGAAUGUAAUCGUAGCAAACAAGGUCGUAUCCACAGAGACAACGGAUUAA